AUGGUCUGGGGGUUUGCUGAUAUUACAAUCAGUACUAAUCUUAGUCGAGAUUUGGGAACGAGGCUCGUCGCCUUGAUCUUCUACGGGCGAGAGGCAUUCACAUACAUGGGAUACGCUCCUAUAGCUAUUCUUGUCAAUAUACCUGCGACAUUGUUCGCCACUGCUUUCUAUGAGCUUUUGUUGAGAGACUCGUUCCUUACUAUCGGCAAAGGCCAUGCUCAACAUCGCGAGGGUGACGAGGGCCUAUUGAGACACAUAUCCAAAACAGGUGUACUCAAAGAGGAGGAUCUGCGUCAGGUUACCAGCAAUGGCGAUGCUAAGGUGACCAGAUUUGAGCAUAUGGAGAAAUAA